CAGCGCUACAUGGGGCUGUAGCAAUGGUCAACAACCCAAUGGCCUCCUAUCCCCGAUUGCAAUUGUCGGAAUGGGGAUGAGGUUUCCUGGCAGCAUCCGGACCGGGGAAGAGUUCUGGUGCAUGUUGGUGGAGAAAAGGAGCGCACUGACUGAAAUUCCUCCAACCAGGUACCAUGGAGAUUCAUUCUACCAUCCCUCCAAGCCUCACGUUCUCAAAACUAAGUACGGCUACUUCUUCCAGGAAGAGUACCUAGGCAAGGUCGAUCCUGGCUUUGUUGGAAAACCUCACGAAGCGAGUAAGCUGGAUCCCCAGCAGAGGCUGCUCCUCGAGGUGGUGUGGGAGUGCAUGGAAAAUGCCGGUCAGAUGGACUGGCGAGGCCACGAAGUCGGAUGUUUUGUCGGAACAUUUGGAGAGGACUGGAUGGAGAUAUCGAGCAAGGACUGUCAGACGACGGAUAGAUUUAGAGCGAUGGGAACUGGUGACUUUGCGCUUGCGAACCGCAUUUCAUUUGAAUUUGACCUCAAAGGUCCAAGCAUAACUUAUAAAACGGCAUGUUCAUCCUCAUUGGUGGCUUUACACGAAGCCUGUCAGGCCAUUUAUUCUGGAGACUGUUCAUCCGCCAUCGUUGCUGGCAGCAGCCUCAUUUUUUCACCUACCAUGUCGAUCACCAUGUCCGAUAAUCUUGUGUUGGCUCCCGAUGGCAGAUGCAAAACAUUUGACGCGUCAGCAGAUGGCUAUGGCCGUGGUGAAGGAAUCAAUGCGAUAUACAUCAAGCCGCUAGAUGCGGCGAUACGAGACGGCGAUCCCAUAAGAGCCAUAAUCCGCUCAACGGCUACAAACAGCGAUGGCAAAACCCCGAAUAUCUCAACCCCAGAUCGAUUCAGUCAAGAGCGUCUCAUUCGCAAGGCAUAUCGACGGGCGGGGAUCAGUGACGUUUGUCAAACAGCCUUGUUUGAAUGCCACGGGACAGGGACAACCAUGGGUGAUGUAACCGAAACGGAGGCUGUAGCGAGUGUUUUUGGGGAGAAGGGCGUUUUGAUUAGUGCAGUUAUUGUAGAUGGCUACCAACAACCCCAUAGUGAGCCCCAAACACCGCGGAAAAAUCAUUCGAAAGAUCUUUUGGUUGUUUCAGCAUGGAGCCCCAGUGCACUCGAAAGCAAGAUCGAUCAACUACGGGUACAUCUGGAGCAAAACCCGGAAGAUUUCAGAGACCUUGUUUACACACUCGGUGCUAGGAGGGAUCAUCUCUCUAACCGUGCUUUUCUGGUAGCGGACAAUGACGGUACAGAGCUAGGUCAAUUUCAGAGGGCACACAUACCUGAAGCUCAGAUGUCGGAGGUAAUAUUUGCGUAUACUGGGCAAGGUGCGCAAUGGUCCGGGAUGGCAAGAGGCCUUAUCGAGAGCUAUCCACAGUUUCACAGAGAUAUACGGAUAAUGGACAGCACUCUCCGAGGUCUUCCGAUCCCUCCGAAGUGGAGCAUACUUGAUACAUUGAUAGAUGGCAGUCAAGCUGUCAUGGACCGUGCUGAGUGUUCACAGCCAUUAUGCACCGCUAUCCAACUGGCUAUAACGAACCUUCUUGCCUCCUGGAAUAUCCGCCCUUCCAAGGCAGUCGGUCAUUCUAGCGGGGAGAUUGCCGCUGCAUAUGCCUGCGGUGCUAUCUCCAUGGAGGUCGCGAUCAUCUUAGCAUACUAUCGCGGUCAGGUAUCCGCUCAAUGCGAGGGUAAGGGAUCGAUGUUGGCAGUUGGAAUGGAUCCCAAGCAGGUCAGCCCAUAUCUUACAAAUGGUGUUGUUAUUGCGUGCUACAACAGCCCGGAGAGCGUGACCUUGUCAGGCGAUGGUGGUUCGCUAGAUGAGAUAGAAACAAGGAUACGCAGUGACCGACCGGAUACUCUCAUGAAACGACUCCCUGUAUAUGUUGCUUACCACUCUAAUCACAUGAUUUUUGCAGGCGCUCACUAUGAGGAAUUGAUACGAUCGCAUGUUACCUACAGUCCGGUUAUGACUGCAGACAUGUUUUCAACUUUGACUGGGCAGGUAAUACACAGUUCCAGCCAGCUAAACUCGGCCUACUGGAGGGCAAACCUUGAGUCGCCGGUGCAGUUCACUUCUGGAAUGAGUGAGGCAUUGAAAUCAACAUCUGAAAUUCCACAGCCACUUAUCAUGGAGAUCGGACCCCAUUCAGCUCUUUCGGGGCCUAUUCGUCAGGUGAGCAAGAAUAUAGAGAGAUCAUAUUCGUAUUGCCCAACUGUCAUCAGAGGUGACGAAACAGCCGGAACGCUGCUGGGCGCAGUGGGACAAGCAUAUCUUCACGGGGCUUCAGUUCUCUUUGCAGCAGUGAAUGUGAUUGGAUCAUGUCUUAAGAACCUCGCUCCAUAUCCGUGGCAGUACGAGGAUUGGGGAUGGGACGAGAGUCGGCCUCCCCGGGAAUGGCGCUUGCGGAAAUUUCCACAGCAUGAAUUGCUUGGUUGUCGCACUCUGGAGUCGGGUGACUUGGAGCCCUCUUGGCGGAACAUCCUCCGCCUUGAUGAAGUUCCCUGGAUUUGGGACCACGUUGUCAGUGGCAAAAUCGUCUUUCCCUGUGCUGGAUACAUAGCCAUGGUCGUAGAGGCCGCCCGUCAAGUUACAGGAUCCGAUUCGAUAUCCCUGCGGGGCUUCUUGAUAAGGACAGCUUUGAUUCUGGAACCAAAUCUGGAAUACGAGCUUCUGACCAACAUGCGACGAGUGACUGUGAAUGAUCUAGUGGAAUCUUCCUGGUAUGAGUUUACAGUCUGUUCUUAUGACGGCACCUCGUGGAAAAAGCAUUGUGCUGGACAAGUCAAGGGUGUCAGCAACUCCGAUAUGCCAAAGCCACCAAAGGUCUCAGUUUACCCCAGGUCUGUCUCCUCACCAUACCUCUAUCGGCAGCUACAAAAGGCUGGGUUGAAAUAUGGAAAGCAGUUUCAGGGCCUGCAGCAAAUAACUGCCAGUCCUUCAACCUAUGAAGCUGCUGCGAUAGUGAAUGAUGAUCCUCAACUUCACGAUAGCCGUUAUCUAAUCCAUCCUGUGGUAAUCGACCAGUGCCUACAGUUACACUCUGUUGCAGCAUGCCGUGGCCUCGCACUUGACCUUGGGAUAGUGGGGGUCCCUUCCUACAUCGGUGAGGUAUGCAUAACCAAAAGCACCGACUCCAUGUCCUUAGGUGUCCGUCCCAGCCCUGACGCUACAACAUCCGGUGGUGGCCUCGGUGGCGAUGCAUAUCUUGUUCGUGGUGAUGGGGAUCUCGCGUUAUCCAUGCGCGAUGCCCGGUUUUUUGCUCUCGAGAGCGAUGGAAAGCAGGUACGUCAAGAGCCGUUUAUGUGCUCUUAUAUGGAUUCUCAUCCAGAUAUUCGUCUCAACACUGUCAUUGGUUCGGUUAAGAAGGCCGCUGUAGACACAGGACUAGAGGUAGCAGCAAAGCUCGCUCUUCUGGUGAUGCUAGAUUUUGAUGUUCUGGUCCGUAAUCUCACCCCCAGUCUGCCUCACAUGAUAAAAUAUCAGAAAUGGAUACAGUCCGAGGCGCUCCAAAUAAAAACGGGAGAAUACCACGGUAUCAAGGAGGGACAAAAAUGGGCGCGGUUAAACUCCGGCGAACGACAAGGAAUUUGGGAGACGCUGCUGGACAAAAUCCCCGAUGUCCGACUGUCGGGGUUCUUUUCGGAUGCCAAGUCUUGCCUGGAGGAGGAAAUGGACUCACUGAUGACAGGGAAAUCAUCCGCGGCCCAGAUUUUGCCCCCGCGAGAUUCCUGGAAGGACCUUUACGCAUACGCCGUUGACAACUUCGAUUGGAGUCGGUUUUUUAAUCUCGUCGGGCAUUCCAAUCCCCAGCUACGGAUUCUGGAAAUCGGCGCUGGAACGGGUUCCGCUACGACUGCGGCUCUUAGAACUCUUGUCGAUUCCCGCGGUGAUCGCUCCUUCUCUCGAUUUGUGGUUACGGAUGUGACUGCUGGCUUCUUGAUCCCGCUUCAAGAGAAAUACGGUAGUCAGCUCGAGUAUGCGGUCUUGGAUGUCUCGCUCCCCCCCGCAGGUCAGGGUUUUGAUGCUGGUGGCUUCGAUCUUAUCAUCGCGUCCAAUGUAAUACACGCCACACCAAGCUUGAGCGAGGCACUUGCAAAUGUCAGGACACUUCUGAGUCCUGGGGGCUGGCUCUUGCUUCACGAGCUUUCUUCUGGCAUUCCUUAUGUUGAUUGGGCGAUGGGUACCCUUCCCGGGUGGUGGUUGGGAGAUUCAGACCAACGUCUUGAUCGACCAUACGUGGCGCUAGAGAGAUGGAAUGAUGAGCUCGUCAAGACAGGUUUUACCAGGGUUGAAGAUAUUGCAUACGAUGCGGAAUCACCACGUCAACUGUGUGCCACAAUGAUAGCGAGAGUUGCACCGUCGAAGCCGACAGCCCGAUUUAUCAAUAUUCUUGGAACCCCAGAAAUCCAACAAUAUCCCUGGGCGUCAGUAUUUGGGAAUAAGCUUUCCCUACGCGGGUAUUCCAUCCGAUGGUGCAAUCUCGGGGAAGCCCCUGAAGAGGGCGAUGUGAUUUCACUCCUCGACCUUGAACGUCCCUUACUCUAUGAAAUUUCCGAACAGUCCUACACCCAGAUCAAAGAUUUUUUGUCUCUAGGUCGACGGACACUCUGGGUUACACGUUCGUCCCAAAAGCAAUGUUCAGAUCCCCGCUACGGACUCGUCCAAGGAUUCGGCCGCAGUAUCCGUCUUGAGUCUGGCAUCGAUUUCAAGACCAUUGAACUAGACAAGUUCAACGAUACCGCAGCCAAUGUCUUGAUUCGCGUGUGUGAGCAUAUAUUCAAUGAAGUUCAGAAUCCCUCGGGUAGGGACUUCGAGUAUUCCAUUGAAGGCGACACCGUUUAUACAAUGCGGUGCCACCGUCUUUCAAUGCAGGAGCAGCUCGAGUCUCCAGGUGGCUGUGGACCCCUUCGCCUCCAUCCUGAAACACGCGGCAUUCUGGACACACUGCAGUGGGUUGAGGAGGAGGAUCAGCAGGUCCUUGGGCCAGAUGAGCUUGAAGUGGAUAUGAAGUAUUUCAGUCUGAACUUCAAGGAUCUCAUGUUAGCACUGGGGCUCCUUGGGGCAAACCUGCCUCUGGGUAUAGAGGGGAGCGGAAUUGUCCGCAGGACCGGCUCCAAAGUAACUGAUAUCCAUGAAGGCGAUGCCGUCAUAGUCAUUCAACAAGGUACAUUUAGAACGCAGUUAGUAACAAAGGAUGUAAAUUGCAUGCGCAUUCCAGAGGAGAUUACACUCGAACAGGCAUCGGCGAUGCCUUGCGUCUACGCGACCGCAAUUUACUCACUUCUGACGAUAGGGAACUUGAUCAAAGGAGAGUCUGUCCUCAUUCAUGCUGCUUGUGGUGGUGUCGGACUUGCGGCUAUUGAUAUUUGCCGUAUGGUUGGUGCCGAGAUAUAUGCCACAGUCAGCAGUGAGGAGAAGAUUCAAUUCCUCAUCAAAAAUUUCAAUAUACCACGAGAGCGAAUAUUCGAUUCUCGCAGCGUCUCGUUCCGGAGCGGUGUUAUGAAUGCGACAAAAGGACGCGGCGUCGAUCUAGUCCUGAAUUCCCUCGCUGGCGAACUUCUACACGCAUCCUGGGAUUGUGUCGCUGCCAUGGGCAAGAUGAUCGAAAUCGGCAAGCGUGAUAUGCUCGAACAUGGAAAGCUCGCGAUGGUACAUUUUGCAAAUAAUCGCUCGUUCCAUGGUGUGGAUUUGAGUGAGAUGCUCGCUGACUGUCCAAAUCUUGUUCGGGAUUCGAUUGAUGAAAUGUUUACCUAUUGCCAGGAGGGGCGACUGGAAGCGCGACUAUUCCCAAGGAUGUUUGAGGGUUGUGACAUGGCAGCUGCAUUCCGCCAUAUGCAAACCGGCAAGCACAUUGGCAAAAUAGUCGUCAAGAUGCCAGACAAUCCUCAAACGCUGAAAGACAGGCCAGUAGAGAGGAAAUAUGCCUUCUCCCCGACAAAGUCCUAUCUUCUAGUCGGUGGCUAUGGGGGUAUUGGUCGACUACUGGUAACGUGGAUAGUCACACAAGGGGCCCGGCACUUGGUGGUAAUGUCGCGAUCUGCGGGUCAAUCUCAAUCCGAUCAAAGCUUUACCAAGGAAUUGGAAAGUCAAGGUUGUACCGUGACCAUCGUCCAUGGUAGCGUUGAGGACAUGAACAGUGUCAAGCAAGCUGUCUCCGCCAGCGAGCACCCGCUCGCUGGAGUUGUCAAUCUCUCUCUUGUUCUCCAAGAUGAAUUCCUCGCAAAAAUGUCCUACGAUCAAUGGAUCGCUCCCCAAGGCCCGAAGAUCGGGGGCGCAUGGAACCUCCACAACGCCUGUUCCGACAAGCAGCUAGACUUCUUCGUCCUCUUCAGCUCCGUUGUAGGAACAGUCGGUAACCCAGGGCAAUCCAACUACGGCGCCAGCAACGCCUUCGUCGACGCAUUCGUAACAUACCGCCGGUCCCUAGGCCUCCCAGCCUCGCGCGUGACGCUCGGCGCCGUCGAAGAAGUCGGCAACUUCAGUCGCAACACGCGACUCCUGGAACUGUUCCGCGCGCAAUCACGAUUCUCCCUCUUCGAAAAAGAUGUCAUCGACGCAUUCCGGCUCGCGUUACCACACACUACCCCCACCAACCCUCCCUCUCUCGUCCAUCCUCCGCUCGACAUCAUCGUCGGGGUCACCUCCUUCCUCAACCCCGGCCAGAUGGACAGCGAAAAAGCGUUCUUCGAACAAGACGCCCGAUUCAACAUCCCCUCCCUGAUGAAAACGAAUAAAACAACCGAACGCAAUCAGGAAGACGACAUUCUCCUUCGUCUGUUCGAAUCCAUCGCGAACAACCCCUCGUACUUGAAUGACCCUCAAUGCGAAAGUAUCAUCAUCCAAGAACUGGGAAAGCGUGUAGGAAACUUCUCUGCGCAGACGGGCCUCGACGACAAGCAGGUCGCUAGCCUCCCGAUCGAUUCCCUCAUGGGUCUCGAGGUCAAGUACUGGAUCCGACGGAGUCUGGAUCUCGAAACAUCCGUCUUGGAAAUCGCCCAGGCAAAGACUGUCGCCGGCGUGGCGGCGUUGGUUAUGAGUGGGCUGCAGGCGAAGUAUGGGACUAAUUAAUCCAUUCUGUGAUUUGCUUCUUUUUGUACGUGAUUUCAGGAUGUCGGGAGUCUGUGGACAAUCGACCAGUCCGUGUUGGUUGCGUGGACUCGAUUUAUUUGUGGCCAAGGCCGGGUUUUGUGAUGUUUGUAUUUGUGUUUGUGUUUUGUUUAUUGUGCUGAUAAGUGAUGAUUUCGGAGAAUUCCUGUUCUUUAUUCUAACCCAAUUGAGCUGAG